GCUGGAAAGGUUUCAGUACGAUUUUAUACGUCCGAUGAGUUAGAUUUCACGGCACUUCAUUGUGUUUUACUUUUCUAAAAAUAUAUAUUGAAAAUGUAUCAAGCCGGUUAUACAGGUGACAAUUUCGAUGUGGAAGGCACGAAAAGCUUCUCCUUCGAUGAUCAGAGCAUACGUAGGGGCUUUAUACGUAAAGUCUAUUCAAUACUUAUGACUCAACUGCUCAUCACUUUUGGCAUAAUCACCGUAUUUAUAUACGUAACCGCUGUCAAGGAUUGGGUACACCACACAUCAUGGAUAUUUUGGGUGGCAUUGGCUGUACUCUUAGUUACCAUGAUAUGCAUGGCUUGCUGCGAGAGUGUACGUCGUCAAACACCGUUAAAUUUUAUCUUCCUCUUUCUAUUCACGUUGGCAGAGUCCUUUCUUUUGGGUGUUACAGCUACAUACUAUGGCUCCACUGAGGUUAUGAUGGCUGUUGGCAUUACAGCUGCUGUGUGUCUUGCUCUAACACUCUUCGCUUUCCAAACUAAAUGGGAUUUCACAAUGUGCGGUGGUGUACUCUUAGUUGCCAUUGUUGUGUUCCUCAUUUUUGGCAUUGUGGCUAUCUUCAUACCUGGCAAGGUGAUAACGUUGGUCUACUCAUCUCUGGGUGCCCUGCUCUUCUCUGUCUAUCUGGUCUACGAUACUCAGCUGAUGAUGGGCGGCAAUCAUAAAUAUGCUAUUAGUCCGGAAGAGUACAUCUUUGCAGCGCUCAAUCUUUACUUGGAUAUUAUAAAUAUCUUUAUGUAUAUAUUGGCCAUAAUCGGAGCUGCAAGGAGCUAAAAUUUAUGCCAUAAAAGAUUUAGUUGUAAGUUCAGUGUAAGAAAAAGUCAGAGACGUACGAAAGACUAUGUAAGGAAUUUCCAAACUAAUUGUACCAAAGAUUUUUUUUAAAUAAAUGUUGUAAAAUGAUUUUUAAA